GUCUGGCAGAUUGCUAUGAUCAUACUGUUUGGUGUGUUCAUCCGUUGUAACAAGGAGUCUGACCAUUGGAUUGAACACAAAAGAAAGAACAACAUUUCCAGUCAUAUAGAGUAUGACUUUUAUUAUAGAUAUGCAAGCUUUUAGGAUGUACAUGUGAUGAUCUUUGUGGGUUUUGGGUAUCUCAUGACCUUUCGGAAGCGCUAUAGUUUUGGUGGAGUUGGCUUCAACAUCCUUAUUGCAGCCUUAGGGAUUCAGUGGGCUUUGCUGAUGCAAGGCUGGUUUCAUCAUCUUGAUCAUAAAGACUGGAAGAUAAAAAUUGGGAUUGAGAAUCUCAUCAAUGCAGACUUCUGUGUGGUGGGCUGUCUUAUUGCAUAUGGCGCUAGUCUGGGAAAGGUCAGUCCAGUGCAGCUGAUGGUUCUUACACUAUUUGGCAUCACGUUGUUUGCAGUUGAGGAGAACAUCAUUCUUGUACUGCUUCAUGUCAAAGAUGCUGGUGGUUCCAUGAUCAUCCACACUUUUGGAGCAUAUUAUGGUUCGACCAUAUCUUGGAACCUGUAUCGACAACAUUUGUCUCAAAUCAAGCAUUUACAAGCAUCUGUAUACCACUCAGAUGUGUUUGCAAUGAUAGUGUUAAAAUACUUUCUUCUACCUCAGCUUAUCCCUAUGUCCAGAGGCAACUAUAAGUUGAUUAAUACUUUCGACCUCAAGGAUGCCGUUGCCAAAAGGACAGUCAGCAUGCAGGGUGAUCACCAGGCAGUCAGUCUGUGUGUAGCAUUAGCGUUUGGCCUUGUAGGUGGAGCUUUGGUUGGGGGGAUUCUAAAGCUGCCAAUCUGGGGAGAUCCAGCAGACGUGAACUGCUUUGAUAAUGAUGUUUACUGGGAGCUUCCUGAGGAUGAGGAUGAAAAUGUCCCUGUGUCUAUACACCAGCACAUGAACCAUGUAACAAACAUGCAGCCAGAAGUGUGA